UCGUCCCUAAUCUUUUCCGGUUUGCUAUCAUAAAGGUAUCCCCAGUCGAAAAAUCAAAUUCUAAACUAAUCGCCUUUUACUUACUAAUGAUCAGAGCUUAAUAGUAGAACUUCCAAACCUUCUAUGGGGCGAGAUAGCAACCAAAGAGAUGGAUACAACAGGCUGAAUUUCCUCUACCAGGCUGCAUGUGCCACCAUUGCAUCCAAUCCCAGGAAUACAGGCCUGGCUAGGUUUUAUGCCAGCACCAUGAAAACUAUAGGAGAAAGACUUGUACUAAAGCUGGAUCCAAGUAUUAAAAGGACUGUUUGCAAACAUUGUUGUGCGUUAAUGGUGCCUGGAGUUACAUCCAAAGUCCGAAUAAGAGCAAGAAGAGAACGCCAUGUGGUGGAAACCUGUCUCAGCUGUGGUGUAGUAAAGAGGUACCUUGCUCGCAAAGACUACAAGUUAUGGAGUGAGCAAGCACAAGGCGCAGUAGAUAAAGCAACUCCUGCGCCUAUUGACAGAUUCAGUAAGAACAGGGAGAGCAACGAGUCAAAGAAAAAGGGGGAAAAAGUUGAGGACCCUGAUUAACAGAAACCCACAGAAAUGUCAUGAGUGUGAUGUCUUGAGGAUUGUUAAUGAAGAGAGAAGGCUUUGCAUUAGCAAGUCAUGAGUACUUGCUUGUGCUAUUUUAGAUUAGUAAGAUCUUCAGUGCUCUAAUGUAUAUAGGGAUUAAGGGGGGCCAUGCACCUCCCCCACUAGUUUUCCUAGUGACACUGUUUCAUGACCCCCAGUUUUUCGAUGUUUUUAUGGACCUAAGCUUUGGGCAGAAAUUUCAAUGUUUUUUUCAGGCUGCCAGCUCAACAAUGCAAACUAUUUUAUAAGUUUAUUUAUUGAUAUAGUUGGACAAAAUUAUGUGCCCUUGUGUAAUGUUCUGGGUCGAAUGCUUUAAACGACGGCAAUAUUCGUAGAUCAUCCGUUUUAUUAUCCUACUCCUUGUGUAAUGUUCUGGGUCGAAUGCUUUAAACGACGGCAAUAUUCGUAGAUCAUCCGUUUUAUUAUCCUACUCUUAUCGCAUAUAUACAUAGCACUCCCCAAGCCCACUGUGUGUAUGAAUUACUUAUAAGGUUCACAUUACAUUUUGUGUGUCGUGGUUUACAGUAAACAUGUGGGAUUGAAAUAAGCCAUUCACUUUACCGUGAAAUAAAAUUGUAAAACUCUUAAAAAUA